UGGCCACCGCCUAUAUAUUAGAUCAUGUUUAAGCUUUCAUACCCCUUUAGUUGAUGCUCAUCUUUUCCGAAUGAGGAAAUUGUUAGCAAUAGCUUUUUGCGGCAGGUAUCGGGUCAGGCUCUGGAGUGGACUUCCCUGGCGGAGGGGUCCUCUCAUCCGCCAGAGAUUUACGGUAGCGGCUAGAGAUGGCGGCCUGGGCGGGAGACUGGCUUGGGCCGGCGCUUGUCCUGCGGUUGUUGUUGGCGACGGUGCUUCACACGGUAUCUGCUUUCAAGGAACAGUUUUCAUCAGAGGCAUGCAGAGAGUUAGGCUUCUCUAGCAACUUGCUCUGCAGCUCUUGUGAUCUUCUUGGGCAGUUCAACCUCCUUCAGCUGGAUCCUGAUUGCAGAGGAUGCUGUCAGGAAGAGGCACAGUUUGAAACCAAAAAGCUAUAUGCAGGAGCUAUUCUUGAAGUCUGUGGAUGAAAAUUGGGGCGGUUCCCUCAAGUCCAAGCUUUCGUGAGAAGCGAUAAGCCCAAACUGUUCAGAGGACUGCAAAUCAAGUAUGUUCGUGGUUCAGACCCUGUGCUAAAGCUUUUGGACGACAGUGGGAACAUUGCUGAAGAACUAAGCAUCCUGAAGUGGAACACAGACAGUGUAGAAGAAUUCCUGAGUGAAAAGUUGGAACGCAUAUAAACCUUAUUUACAUUUUGUCCUCUUUUUUGUUAUCAAAUGAAAUACUACAGCACCUAGGAAAGAAUUUAGUUUUGCUUGCCUUCAUUAAUCUCUUAUAGUGAUGCAUUAAAUGUAAUUAAAUUUAAAGUGGCAAUACUGUCCAUGACAUCUAAGGAGUUGACAAGAUUAGCAAAACUCAUUUUUUAAAUAAAUUUUGUUCUGCAUUUGUUGAUACCACAAACAAAAGUGAUGUGUUAUAGUCUUGUGGUUAAUAAUGUAAAUAAUA